UGCCCCGUCCCAUUAUCCACCCUCUGUCCAGCCCCAGUAACAUGUUCUGUGUGACCAGCCUGGACCCGGACACACUGCCCUCUGUGGCCACCCUGCUCAUGGACGUCAUGUUCUACUCAGGCGGGUAAGGACCCUCUCCUCAGUACUCCUCCUGUUUCACAUAUGGCUGUCACCAGAGGCCAUCUGCCGUCUCUUUUUAAGAGACUAUCAUACACACAGCCACAGGAGCACUUAGCUGCUCGAGUUCAGACCAUUUGUUUAACAUAGGAUGUCUAAAACCUAGGAUGAGGGUUAGACUUGAGCAGGGGCUGUCGUAGGAUGGUUAUGCUGCUGUUAGUAGGCAAGAAACUAAUUUUCACGAUUUCACUAAAAUAAAUCCAUAAACCAUAGCAUGUUUUUGGGAUUAUUCAGUAAUUUUUACCUGAUUUUAAGUAGAAUCCUGUUGAAAAAGGUUAAAAGUUCCAUUUAUAUUCCUAAAACAUAAGUUGAAAAUGAUAUUGUUGCUGCUUCCUGUUGUCAUGGAUUUUUAAUAAAAAUAGCCAAGUGUCAAAACACCGGUUUUAAACGUAAAAAUUCAUAAUCAAUAUUCUGAAAUAAGUUGUGAUAUGUUGAAGACCAUGACAUAAACAUUACUCCCUAUACAUGUCUCACUUGUGUUUUGCUAAAUUAGUACCUUAACUGCUCACGCACCAAUAUUUUCCAAGCGGUCACUCUUGACUGAAAUUGAUUAGCUUUUUGUACUGUAAUCAAUAGUGUGCGCAAAUUAAUCACUCACAUAGAUAUUGUAUGGAAAUCAAUAUAACUGGGACAAUAACCACGGCGACAUGUACCGUUUGCACUCUUCUAACAGACAAACCUCAAAGAACUUGGGUAUACUACAUAUACCAGUCGAUAGAUGAAAGACAUUUAUCAACUCAUCUCUGUGGGGAAAUGUUUACGGUAGAUGGCCAAUACGAAAAAGGAAACAACACUUUUUGGACUGGAUAAUUUCAACAAAUCAAAUUCCCACAUUGAUUUCUAAAUAGUGACAGGCUUGGCUUUCGUAUGAGUGAUAGUUUGACCCUCAUAUCCGCGUGUGGUAUUGUGGCCAGAGACGUUUGUAGGAGGAACACAAAUUAUUUCUCACCACCGUCCUCUGGAAAAUGACUGCUGCCACCGACAGGCGCAUCUGACAAAAACACUAGUACUAAACCAAAGAUAUUUAUCUGUUUUUAAGCAAUCGAUUUUGUGAAAUUGUGAUGACUAUAAACUUUUAUAGUAUCAUCACCGAUCUCUGGUAAAAAGGAUGUAUUUCCUGUAAUAAGUGUGGUGAAAACGUUAGCCUGUGUUAUGUAGUAACACAUUCUGUCCACUAUAGGGAAAUUGGCUUAAUAUAAAACUCUGUCAAAAUAAUUUAAUGUUUAGAUUUAGGAUGAUGGUAAUGAAGCACACUCACAGGUUUUUACAAUAAUUACAUCCAUUUCUUAUUACUUUAAUCAUGGAGAGAGUUUAAAAAUGCUCCUAAACACAAUUUAACUGGGCGCUCUAGACUGGAACUUCCAUAGUGUCUGUGCAGCAGCCUAAACGUACGACGUCCCUACUAGCGUUGAAUAUUUUCCCAGUAUUUUACAAAUGUUCCAUCCCGAGAAUAAAUCACUUGUCUCCCUGGAAACCCGGUAUUUCCCGCCAAAACCGGAAGUGUCAUUCAAAAGCAUUAUAAAGCAUUUAAAUAGGCCUAAGUCUGGAUUUGAUUAGAGCUUUGAUUGAAAAUUCAAGCCUGACACUACGUGAUCAUGAUGAUCUAUACAUUAAAUACAUUUUAUGAGCUCUACAUUAGUCAUUUUAAUGAGCCCAAGCAAGCCCAAAUAAUUGUGCCAUUAUCCAAUACAUACUGUAUAUGAUAUAAGCUACUGCAAAUUGCGCACGAUAGAAAAACAUAAAAGCCCAUAGAUGUAGUGAUCUAUAUGCUCUCUUGGGUAAAUAAAUGAAACUAGCUCCAUUAGGCAAAUCUUUUUGAGUGUGAACUAUACUGUACUGUACUGUAUUAUAUGGACUGGAAUUACGCACAUUGUUCAAACCAUGAUAAAGCAGGGAUAGAACAUGCGAUUCUGGUGCAGCACAUGCGGCCUACAAAGUUACAGAAGGCUUAUACUUCUUCUCACGGAGAUUUAAUGGUUAUGGGUCUGAAUAAAUAACUGCUAUAGCCUACCGCCAUCGCACGUUCGCUCUUCUUUCAAACUACCCGUGAGUUCUAUUGGCUGCUGUAUUUAACAUUCAGCAAACAGUAGCUUGCGUUCCUCUUCGAAUACUCUAUUGGUAUAAGAAACGCUGAAAAUAACGUCCAGCAAGCUAUUCUAGUCUAGCUUUCUUGCACGGGACUCCAAGAGCUAAGGAGCGUUUUUUGAAAGAGAGGCCAGUGGAGCACAGGUGCUGCGUUCAUAUUGCGCAAGAGACAGAGGCUAUAAGUUAGAAGCUUAUUAUGCAUAACCCAUCAUUAAUUAGCUAAAUAUAAGGCUAAUACUGCAUUGAAUGUAUUACCUGAAAGAGGUAGUCUAGGACAUCUCUCUCUCUCUCUAUCUCUCUCUAUCUCUCUCUAUCUCUCUCUCUAUAUAUAUAUAUAUCUCACAUGCAUUGUGAACUGCGCUCCAUAUUGAGAUGGGCUGUCACCCUGAGCGUUGAUGAUUUAUCAUGCAGCAGCCGUAGAGAAGCCAGAAGUAAAAUUUCACGCCAUGCUGUUAACAUAAAUAAUGUAUUAUAAUUGACCAGUUUCUCAGUUAUUUAUCCCGGGAAAAGGGAGUGAUUUUGGGUGGUAAAUCUCGGUAACCGGGUUCCGGCCGUACAACCCUAGUCCCUACUUUUAGGAUUAGACUUUAAAGGUGGUGAAAAGUUUGACUAGCAGACCACUCGACAUGAUGAUGAUGACUAGGUUGGAAUGGGUUUUUGGACAGGACCAAAUGUAGUUGCAAGAUAGUUAGAUUGGACAUACUUGAAUCUCUGUACUUUCUAUUCCAGGAUAAAGGAGCCCGGGGCGUCUACCGAGGACACUGGACACAUCCGCUUCUUCUCUUUCUCUCUGAUUGAGGGCUACAUCUCUCUCGUCAUGGACGAGCAGACGACACGGCGGUGGGUGCUCUCCAUGCUUUCACAUGGUUAUGGUGUCUAUUACCGUCAAAGGCAAAACAAUUUGCGGUUUGAAGUCAUUUGUGGACAACUUGUUUGCUGGGUUUGCUGCUGGGUUGUUAGGAAACAAACAUAGAUGAUCAUAGAGGGUUUACAAAUAAAGACGGUUAUGUAGAGGUAACCCGAACAGCUGCAUUACUAAUCACAUGUGGAUUAAACUAAAGGAUUACAGUACCACUACAUUAGUAGAUACACUAUAUAUACAAAAAUAUGUGGACACCCCUUCAAAUUAGUGGAUUCCGCUAUUUCAGCCACACCCGUUGCUGACAGGUGUAUAAAAUCGAGCACACAGCCAUGCAAUCUCCAUAGACAAACAUUGGCAGUAGAAUGGCCUUAUUACAGAGCUCAGUGACUUUCAACGUAGCACUGUCAUUGGAUGCCACCUUUCCAACAAGUCAGUUUGUCAAAUAUCUGCCCAGCUAGAGCUGCUCCGAUCAACUCCGAUCAACUGUAAGUCCUGUUAUUGUGAAGUGGAAAUGUCUAGGAGCAACAACGGCUCAGCCGCGAAGUGUUAGGACACACAAGCUCACAGAACGGGACCGCGGAGUGCUGACGCGUGUAAAAAUCGUCUGUCCUCACUACAGAGUUCCAAACUGCCUCUGGAAGCAACGUCGGCACAACAACUGUUUGUCGGGAGCUUCAUGAAAUGGGUUUCCAUGGCCGAGCAGCCGCACACAAGCCUAAGAUCACCAUGCGCAAUGCCAAGCGUCGGCUGGAGUGGUGUAAAGCUCGCCGCCAUUGGACUCUGGAGCAGUGGAAACGCGUUCUCUGGAGUGAUGAAUCACGCUUAACCAUCUGGCAGUCCGACGGACUAAUCUGGGUUUGGCGAAUGCAAGGAGAACGCUACCUGCCCCAAUGCAUAGUGCCAACCUUAAAGUUUGGUGGAGGAGGAGUAAUGGUCUGGGGCUGUUUUUCAUGGUUCGGGCUAGGCGCCUAAGUUCCAGUGACGGGAAAUCUUAACGCUACAGCAUACAAUGACAUUCUAGACGAUUCUGUGCUUCCAACUUUGUGGCAACAGUUUGGGAAAGGCAUUUCCUGUUUCAGCAUGACAAUGCCCCGUGCACAAAGUGAGGUCCAUACAGAAAUGGUUUGUCGAGAUCGGUGUGGAAGAACUUGACUGGCCAGCACAGAGCCCUGACCUCAACCCCAUCGAACACCUUAGGGAUGAAUUGGAAUGCCGACUGCGAGCCAGACCUAAUCGCCAACAUCAGUGCCCGAUCUCACUAAUACUCUUGUGGUUAAAUGGAAGCAAGUCCCCACAGCAAUGUUCCAACAUCUAGUGGAAAGCCUGGCUGUUAUAGCAGCAAAGGGGGGGACCAACUCCAUAUUAAUGCCCAUGAUUUUGGAAUGAGAUGUUUGACGAGCAGGUGUCCACAUACAUUUGGUAAUGUAGUGUACUUUAUCAUGGGCUUGUUCUACAUUGACAAGGUAUCCCUUAUAUAGGUCAGUGGUGUCUCCAAGCUAUGAAGGGGGACAAUAAGUGGACCAAGCUUUUAGCACUUCCGAAGUGAUGUAUUUUUCACCAUAGCAUGUAGGGCAACCACUGGCCUACAAUCUGAAUUUGACCAAAUCAUAAUUUUUUAUGUUAUUGCUAUAGAUUGAAUGAGUAUGUACAUUCAUUUUUUCCCUUCUAGGUUUCCCAACAAUGUCCUCUUCACUAGUGCUUCAGGGGAGCUUUGGAAAAUGGUUCGCAUUGGAGGACAGCCUUUAGGAUUU